AUGAACUCUCCUGGGAUAUGCCCUCUUGGCAUGUUCUAUAAAUCUAACACAGUAGAAAUCGGUGCUCAUUUCCUGGAAAAGGUCCAUGAAUGGCUAUCGUUAUCCUUAAUACCUUGCAGCGGCUUGGAAAUAUGGCGUAUUGAGAAUUUCAAGCCAGUUCCUGUCCCUGCUUCUUCAUAUGGAAAGUUCUUCAUGGGUGAUUCUUACAUUAUCUUGAAGACAACAGCCUUGAAAAAUGGUUCUCUUCGCCAUGACAUCCAUUACUGGAUUGGUAAAGAUACUAGUCAGGAUGAAGCUGGAACUGCUGCGAUUUUAACGGUAGAGCUUGAUGCUGCUCUUGGCGGGCGUGCUGUUCAGUACCGAGAAAUACAAGGCAAUGAAACAGAAAAAUUCCUGUCCUAUUUUAGACCAUGCAUCAUGCCACAGCCAGGAGGAGUGGCAUCUGGAUUCAACCAUGUUGAGGUCAAUGAGCAAGAUCACAAGACCUGCUUAUAUGUCUGCCAUGGGAAGCAUGUUGUUCAUGUUAAAGAGGUUCCAUUUGCUCGAUCAUCCCUUAGUCAUGAUGACAUAUUUAUUUUGGAUACGAAGUUCAAAAUUUUCCAGUUCAGUGGCUCAAACUCAUCCAUCCAAGAGCGAGCAAAAGCUCUUGAAGUUGUGCAGUACAUCAAAGAUACAUUUCAUGAGGGGAAGUGUGAAAUUGCAUCUGUUGAGGAUGGUAGAAUGAUGGCUGAUGCGGAAGCUGGUGAAUUCUGGGGUUUUUUUGGUGGCUUCGCCCCUCUUCCUAGGAGGGCACCUGCAGAAGGCAAUGAGAAACAUGAGGAAACUGCUUUCAAAUUGCUAUGUUUUGACCAAGGAAAGCUGGAGCCUAUCGACUGCCAAUCUUUAGCACAUGAAUUACUUGAGACAAACAAGUGUUACUUCUUAGACUGUGGUGCAGAAUUGUAUGUUUGGAUGGGCAGAAUUACAUCCCUGCAGGAGAGAAAGGGUGCUAGUGAAGCUGCUGAGAAAUUGCUCUCUGAAUCAGACCGAACAAGAACACAUAUAAUCAAAGUGAUUGAAGGGUUUGAGACUGUUACGUUCAAGUCAAAAUUUAAAGAGUGGCCACAGACGCCUGAGUUGAAGUUGUCAUCGGAGGAUGGAAGAGGCAAAGUUGCAGCUCUUCUCAAACGCCAGGGCUUAAAUGUUAAGGGUUUGAUGAAAGCUGCUCCUGCAAAAGAAGAACCUCAAUCCUAUAUUGAUUGCACUGGCAACUUGCAGGUUUGGCGUGUAAAUGAUAAAGACAAGGUUCAACUCUCAUCCUCUGACCAAUCCAAAUUUUACACUGGCGAUUGCUACAUAUUUCAGUAUACUUAUCCUGGAGAUGAUAAGGAGGAAUAUCUUGUUGGAACCUGGUUUGGGAAAAAGAGUAUUGAGGAGGAUAGGGUAAUAGCAGUUUCACUUGCAAGCAAGAUGGUUGAAUCUGCUAAGUUUCAGGCUGUCCAGGCGCGCUUUUAUGAGGGGAAAGAACCGAUUCAGUUCUUCGUGAUAUUUCAAAGCUUGCAAGUGUUUAAGGUGGCCUCAUCAUUGAAUUCAUCAUAUUGUUACAUUCUACAUGAUGGAAACACUGUGUUCACUUGGGCUGGAAAUCUGACCACUGCAUUGGAUCAAGAGUUAAUGGAGAGGCAGCUUGAUGUUAUUAAGCCAAACACACAGUCUAGGUCACAAAAGGAAGGGUCAGAAACGGACCAGUUUUGGAGCUUACUGGGAGGCAAAUCUGAGUACUCAGGCCAAAAAAUGGUGCGAGAACUUGAAAGUGAUCCCCAUCUUUUCUCAUGCAUCCUGUCGAAAGGCAAUUUGAAGGUCAAAGAAAUAUACCACUUUACUCAAGAUGAUCUAAUGACAGAAGAUGUUUUCAUUCUGGACUGUCAUACGAGCAUAUUUGUUUGGGUUGGUCAGCAGGUGGAUGUUAAAGUUAGGUUACAAGCUCUGGAUGUUGGGGAGAAAUUUAUUGUGCUUGAUUUCCUUAUGGAAAACCUUGCCCGUGAAACACCAAUUUUCACCGUUAUGGAGGGAAUGCAUGGCAAUUCAUACCAGAGGAAGCUUGCCAUUGUAAAAGGUGAAGGUGCUCCAGCAUUGGAUAAACCGAAACGACGAACAACCGUCUAUUCAGGAAGGAGUACUACACAAGAUAAAUCCCAACGCUCCAGAAGCAUGUCCUUCAGCCCUGAGCGCGUCCGUGUUAGGGGAAGAUCUCCAGCAUUCACUGCAUUGGCUGCUAAUUUUGAAAGUUCAAGCAACAGAAAUCUUUCCACUCCACCUGUAGUUAAGAAACUUUACCCGAAAUCUGUUACACCUGAUUCGUCAAAUACUUCUUCUAAGUCAUCUGCAAUUGCCGCUUUGGCUGGUUCUUUGGAUCACCCUUCUCAAACUCCUGCUCCAGAAUUCGUGAAAGAUGGCUCUGAGUCAGAGAAGCCAAAACAGGAGGGAGAUGGUAAAGGUGUUGAUACUGUGGCCACUAGAGUUGAAUCUCUGACUAUAAAUGAAGAUGUAAAAGAAAACGAGCCAGAAGAUGACGAGGGCCUUCCUAUUUACCCGUAUGAACGUCUUAAGACCACAGCUGCUGAUCCUGUUACUGAAAUUGACGUCACGAGGCGAGAGACCUACUUAUCUUCGACUGAAUUCAAAGAGAAGUUUGGGAUGACAAAGGAAGCAUUUAGCAAGCUUCCGAAGUGGAAGCAGAGCAGGCUAAAAAUUGCUCUUCAACUUUUUUAG